AUGCGCGCGCCAAUUCUGUCCGUCGGUUUCUUGUUCCUCUCAGUCUACCAGCCAGUCGCCAGCUGGGGAGACGUCGGGCACCGUACAGUCGCCUACCUAGCAGAGAGAUUCUUCACUGAGCAAGGCGCUCAACUCGCCAACGACCUCCUUACGAAUAAUCAAGAUUUCGACAUUUCAGAUGCCUCAGUCUGGGCUGAUACCGUCAAGCGAAAGCGUCCUUACACACGGCCUUGGCACUAUAUCGAUGCAGAGGAUCGUCCUCCGACUUCCUGUUCAGUCUCUUAUCAGGAUGAUUGCGAUGAUGCGGGAUGCAUUGUAUCAGCCAUGGAGAAUAUGACACAUCAACUUAGAGACCCACGCACCGGUACACCUGAGCAAAAGGAAGCCCUGAUGUACCUGAUGCACUUCUUCGGAGACCUCCAUCAGCCCCUGCACGUUGAAGCUACAGGCAGAGGUGGAAAUGACAUCGCGGUUUGUUUCGACCGUCGUUGCAGCGGACAGAAUCUCCAUUCAGUCUGGGACACUGCCAUACCACAUAAAAUCAACAGCAUAAAGCAUAACCUCAGGCAUAACGAUGAGAGGAAGGCUUCUGCUGAGUGGGCGAGAGCCUGUAUCAGACCAUGGGCGAACUGGCCUUACAUGUGGAAGAGUGUUCCGACAUUCGGAAUCCAUUGGAAUGCAUCAUGCAAUGGGCGGCGGAAACAAAUCGGGUGA